GUCUUACACUCUCACUUGCUGCUUCUUCUAAGGAGUUAUGUCUGGACGUGGUAAGGGAGGCAAAGGCCUUGGUAAAGGCGGCGCCAAGCGCCACCGCAAGGUGCUGCGUGACAACAUCCAGGGCAUUACCAAGCCCGCCAUCCGCCGCCUGGCCCGUCGCGGCGGCGUCAAGCGCAUCUCCGGCCUCAUCUACGAGGAGACGCGCGGAGUGCUGAAGGUCUUCCUGGAGAACGUGAUCCGUGACGCUGUCACCUACACGGAGCACGCCAAGCGCAAGACGGUCACGGCCAUGGACGUGGUCUACGCGCUCAAGCGCCAGGGACGCACGCUCUACGGCUUCGGCGGCUGAGGUUUUCUGAUUUUUGCCACCGCUUGUACUUUUGAACAAAGGCCCUUUUCAGGGCCGCCCAACUGCUCAAAAAGGGCUGUAACGCCGAGCCAAACAACUCCAGAGUAAAAUGUGUGCCAGGGUUGUGGGAGUGGAAACAAUUAAACCCUAUUACCCAUAUUAGUUACUCAAGUAUUUAUCCACUAGUUCCUUCCGUUCACUAUGUCAGACUAGGAAGAUUUAAACAAAAAGGACGUGUUGUAAGGACCAUGUCAGUUUACCGAACAAAGAAAAGCAACCCUAUCAGCGAGCUCUUGUCAGCCAAUCAGAACCAAUGACCUAAUGUUCCCGGAGGCCAGCAACAGCAGGAAGGGGGAUGAGAAAGUGGUAGGCUCUGUUCUACAGAAAAUUACUUUACCGAGUGUGAAGUAGAGGAGUAAAUUCCUCUCAUUCAUGUGCUGAGAACAACACAGAGGUUUUAGCCACCAAUAAAAUGAUUUAUUUCGGUAGAGACAACUAGAAGUGGAAACCAGAUUCCGACUGCCAGAAUAGCCUCA